GUUUAGAACCUCCAUGGAAGCACGUGACGUCUUGGCCCACACCCAGCGAACUUUAGUUCCCGUUCCCGUCCUCAAUCCAUCCACCCCACCACCGCCGCCGCCGUACCACACGUCCCCCGCCCAACAACCACAAUGUUCCCCACGCGCGCACUGCUCAAGCGAUCAAUCUGGAAAGGCCCGUUCCUUGUGCCCAUGCCCCUCCAAAAAGCGAGCAAGCCAGGUGCGAAAGUUGCCCCGAUCAAGACGAUGGCGCGCAGCUGCACAAUCGUGCCCAGCUUUGUCGGGCUGCGCUUCCAGGUGCACAACGGAAAGUCCUACGAGGAUGUCGACGUCAGCGAGGAUAUGGUCGGGCAUAAAUUGGGGGAAUUUGCUGCGACGAGGAAGAACUUUACGUAUAAGCAGACGAAGAACCGAUAGACGCCGCGGCGGAGGAGGAGGAGGGGGG